AGGAGGGAGGGAGGUGAGGUGCGGUGCCGCCGUCGCCAGCCGCCUUGUCGCUCUGCUUUCUGCCGCCAGUGCGGAGGAGGGGGCAGCCCCCGGCAGGCGUCCCGGCAUGCUGAAAGUCACCAUGCCCUCCUCCUCCUCCUCCUCAUCCUCCUCCUCAUCCUCCUCCAGCUCCUCGGCCGCCAGCCGCCCGGGGUCCGCCGCGCCCGACUACUGGAUCGAUGGCUCCAACAAGGACACCCUGGCCCACUACUUCGAGCUGGAGUCCGAGCUGGGACGUGGGGCUACAUCCAUUGUCUACAGAUGCAGGCAGAAAGGGACCCAGAAACCUUACGCCGUCAAAAUGUUGAAGAAGACAGUAGACAAGAAAAUUGUCCGCACAGAAAUCGGAGUUCUUCUUCGCCUUUCACAUCCAAACAUUAUAAAGCUGAAGGAGAUAUUUGAGACCCCUACAGAAAUCAGUCUUGUUCUGGAAUUGGUCACAGGUGGAGAACUAUUUGACAGGAUUGUGGAAAAGGGUUACUACAGUGAACGAGAUGCUGCUGAUGCUGUUAAACAAAUCCUGGAGGCGGUUGCUUACCUGCAUGCAAAUGGGAUUGUGCAUCGUGACCUGAAGCCAGAAAAUCUACUCUAUGCAACACCAGCACCAGAUGCACCACUAAAAAUCGCUGACUUUGGACUUUCCAAGAUUGUGGAAGAUCAGGUGACCAUGAAGACUGUUUGUGGAACUCCAGGGUACUGUGCACCAGAGAUACUACGGGGAUGUGCCUAUGGCCCUGAGGUGGACAUGUGGUCUCUGGGGAUUAUCACCUACAUCCUACUUUGUGGCUUUGAACCAUUUUAUGAUGAAAGGGGAGAUCAAUACAUGUUUAAGAGAAUCCUAAACUGUGAAUAUGACUUUGUGUCACCCUGGUGGGAUGAUGUGUCUCUGAAUGCCAAGGAUUUAGUUAAAAAGUUGAUUAUUUUAGACCCCAAGAAACGCCUCACCACUCUACAGGCUUUGCAGCACCCAUGGGUCACAGGGAAGGCAGCAAACUUUGCACAUAUGGACAAUGCACAAAAGAAACUUCAAGAAUUCAAUGCCCGGCGUAAACUUAAGGCUGCAGUAAAAGCUGUAGUGGCAUCAACUCGCCUUGGCAGUGCCAGCGGUCACAGCGCACAUGACAGCAACAAGCCCAGCCGUAACCCGUCUCCCGUCCAUGACAGCAAACCUGAAGAGAAACCCACUCAGGAAGCAGAAGCAGCUCCAGAAGAAAUGUCUUAGGUCAAUGUGCUGCUUUGUUUCAGCUGAGAUCUGUCAUUUCAUACACCAGCUAACUCAUCAUUCAGCAAGAAAGAUUUGUAAGCUUGGCCUCUCUGGUUCUGCUUUGGGGUGCCAAAUGCACUGGCUGGUGAUCUUCAAUGCAUGUGACUGCUUAUGAAAAUAGUAAACUGUUCCAUAAGGCAUGUCAUGGAAACAGUGUUAUUUGCAGUAAUACCAGCAGGUGAAAACAUGGGGAUUAAUAACUACCUACCAGAAUGCAUAUACUUCGUAUACAUCUAUCCAGUGUUUCUAGAUGGCAUUUGAAACAAAAUACUAUUUAAUUUGGUUUUAUGGAAGUAGGUGUCUUCUGUAUGUUGUAAGUUUCUUUGAACUGCUUCUUUCCAGAUUUAGUCCUGCAGCAGGCAAAAGGAAGGAAAUACCAAGCCAAUGCUUUUAAAACUGAUGUAUGAAAUAAUGCUUUUUAUCUGUAAAAUUCAAAAAGUAUUUGGGGAUUUAUAUGCAAAAAACAUUCCACUACUUCCGAGAAGAAAUUGAAAUGUUAGUUCUACUGGGCAUGAAAAUGUACGUUCCUCAAGCUUGUGUUGAGAAUGCCUUAUUCUGACUUUUCCUGUUUAUAUAUAGCAUUUUAAUGACAACCAAAAUUACUCAGAUUUUUGCCAUUUCAUUCUCUAGUAAAGUGUUAGC